CUGAGGGUGGCAUGGCGGACAGCAAUGACUGCGGAGUUUGAUGAAGAAGUGGUGUUUGAGAAUUCACCACUGUACCAGUAUCUGCAAGAUUUGGGACACACAGAUUUUGAAAUAUGUCCAGCAGUGACGCCAGAGGAGCGUCUGCCAGAGAAUGGAAGUCGAGGACAGGCCAACACAACUGCAGAGCCAGGCAUAUACAAGAGAGUGCUUGCUUUCUUACAAAGCUGGAACCCUUUUAUUUCAGAAAAGAAAAAAGAUGAAAGAGUCCAUUUGUUGGAUAUUGGAUUCCGACUCGAUAGCCUGCGAGCAAUCUUGUUGCAGGAAGUCCUGAUACAGGAGGAUGUGGAGCUGAUUGAGUUGCUUGACCCUGGGAUCCUGUCUGCUGGUCAGACCCAGAAUCAACAAAAAGGGCAUCUUCCAACACUGCGCUCCCUAGCAACUCCUAAUAUUUGGGAGAUGUCUGUAUUGUUUGCUUUCCUCAGCGCUUUGGCUGCACUGAAAUCUUGGCACUUUUCUUCUUUAUUCAUCUGGGGGCCCAGCCUUCUCCUCUUUGCCGUUUUUGCCGUCCUGAGAAUACUGAGAACAUGGAGCGCAGCCAGGCUACAGGUCAAACUGAAAAAGUACUGUGGCCAGUUGGAAAUGACUGUAGCAAACAGCCGAGCCUUCACCAACCUUGUGAGAAAAUCCCUGCGUCUGAUCCAGGAAACUGAAGUUAUUUCUCGGGGAUUCACCCUGGUCAGUGCUGCUUGCCCAUAUGAUAAGGUUGGACAACAUAGUAGCCAGCAUCUCCUUGGGUUGCGUAAAGCUGUCUACAGGACCGUCAGGACCAACUUCCGAGUUUCUCGACUGGCAACACUGUACAUGCUUAAGAAUUAUCCCUUAAAUUCUGAGAUAGACAACGUGACUAACUACAUCUGUGUCGUUCCUUUGAAAGACUUGGGCAUGGGGUUAAGUGAAGACCAGGUGUCUGAGGAGGAGGCCCACAAUCUCACAGAUGGCUUUAGCCUCCCUGCUUUGAAGGUUCUGUUUCAGCUCUGGAUAGGCCAGAGUUCAGAGUUCUUUCGGCGUCUAGCACUACUGCUGUCUCCUGAAAAUGCAUACCAAGGCCCAAUCACUAACCCAGAGCUGCUUCCACACUACAUUUGGUGUGAUGUAGUUCAAGAUCUACCUCACACGCAGGCUACCUGCUUGACAGAACUGAAACGUAGCUAUGAGUUUUAUCGUUAUUUUGAAACACAACACCAGUCCAGUGCAGAGCGCACAAACAGGAGAAAAAGGGAGACCGGGGAGCUGAACAAUCUUCAUGGGGCUGUACGCAGUCUACAACUACAUCUGAAGGCACUACUCAAUGAAGUGAUUAUACUUGAGGAUGAAUUAGAAAAGCUUGCAUCCUCUAAGGAAACUCAAAGCAUGACCGCUGAAGCUUCACUCAUCUUGGAAGAAAAACUAAGGCUGAUACAGCCACAUGUGCAGGCCAGUAACACAUGCUGGGAGGAGGCAUUGUGUCAGGUGGAAAGGAUGGUUCGGAAACCCCCAGCUAUAAAAGAAACUGCAAACAAACUCUUGUGAAAAUUCACAUUGCCUUAUGGUGCCUAAUGUGCCUCCCCCCUUACGAAUUGAAGACAGAGAUCCGGUGCCAGAGGAACAGGAAUUAGAAGCCUAUGUGGAAGACAUUGCUGUGGACAAUGAAUUUAGCAGGGAGGAUGUCUUCCUAUUUACACCGGAAGAGAGGGAAAGACAGAAGCGAGAAAGGGAGGAGUCUAAAAGAGUUCUGCAAGAGCUAAAGGCUGUAUUGGGCUUAAAGGCAUCAGAAGUAGAAAGACAAAAAUGGAAACAACUGCUUUUUAGUGAUCAUGGUGUGUAUUCUAGAUCUGUACAAAACACUCACCAGCUUCCAAAGUGUUACCACAAUGUCAUACACAGGUAUUUGGUAUAUGUACAUUGUAGCCUCCAUCCAAUAAAACUUUUUUGUAAGUUUUGGAUAUUCUGCUGA